AUGGCUCUCACCAGAAUUGGUCUUGCUGGCCUCGCCGUCAUGGGGCAGAACCUCGCCCUCAACAUUGCAGAGAAAGGCUUCCCCAUCUCUGUCUACAACAGGACCACCUCCAAGGUCGAUGAGACUGUCCAGCGCGCCAAGCUAGAAGGAAACCUUCCUCUCUACGGUUUCCAUGACCCUGCAUCCUUCGUCAACUCCAUUCAGAAGCCACGUGUCGUCAUCAUGCUUGUCAAGGCCGGCGCACCUGUUGACCAGACCAUUGCGACGCUCGCAGCUCACCUGGAGCAGGGCGACUGCAUCGUUGACGGAGGAAACGAGUGGUAUGAGAACACGAAAAGGAGGGAGAAGGCGAUGGAGGAGCGUGGGCUCCUCUACCUCGGGAUGGGUGUUUCCGGAGGAGAGGAGGACAUUCUUCUCAAGGUGUCUGCUCAGAUCCCUGACAGCGGCCCCUGUGUCACAUACAUUGGGAAUGGUGGAUCCGGAAACUUUGUCAAGAUGGUUCACAAUGGCAUUGAGUACGGUGACAUGCAGCUGAUCGCUGAGGCGUAUGACGUUCUCAAGUCGGUUGGCAAGCUUACAAACGGUGAGCUGCAGCAGGUUUUUGCCGAGUGGAACAAGGGUGAGCUCCUCAGUUUCUUGGUCGAGAUCACUGCUGAUAUAUUCAGCAUCAAGGAUGACCAGGGUGAAGGCUACUUGGUCGACAAGGUCCUGGACAAGACCGGGAUGAAGGGAACCGGGAAGUGGACGGUGCAGCAGGCUGCUGAGCUCUCUGUGGCUGCUCCUACCAUUGAGGCGUCCUUGGAUUCCAGGUUCCUCAGCGGACUCAAGGAUGAGCGUGUCGCGGCUUCCAAGAUCUUCCAGGGCGACUACUCCAGUGGCGAAACUGUGGACAAGGCACAGCUGAUCGAGGAUGUGAGGAAAGCCCUCUAUGCCUCCAAGAUCUGCAGCUACGCCCAGGGCAUGAACAUCAUCAAGGCCAAGAGCACGGAGAAGGGAUGGGGCCUCAACCUCGGCGAGCUGGCCAGGAUCUGGAAGGGCGGGUGCAUCAUCCGCGCCAGCUUCCUCGACCGCAUCAAGAAGGCCUAUGACAGGAACGGUGAGCUCGCCAACCUCCUGAUCGACCCUGAGUUCGCGCAGGAGAUCAUGGACAGGCAAGCCGCAUGGAGGAGGGUUGUCUGCCUCGCCAUCAACAACGGGGUCAGCACCCCUGGCAUGUCCACGAGUCUGGCCUACUUCGACUCCUACCGGAGGGACAGGCAAUUUUUUCUGGUUCAGUUGGGGGCUAAAUCUAGACUGCACCAAAAAUCAAGGGGCAAAAGGUACAAGAUGGCUCUCACCAGAAUUGGUCUUGCCGGCCUCGCCGUCAUGGGCCAGAACCUUGCCCUCAACAUUGCAGAGAAAGGGUUCCCCAUCUCUGUCUACAACAGGACCACCUCCAAGGUCGAUGAGACUGUUCAGCGCGCCAAGCUAGAAGGAAACCUUCCUCUCUACGGUUUCCAUGACCCUGCAUCCUUCGUCAACUCCAUUCAGAAACCACGUGUCGUCAUCAUGCUUGUCAAGGCCGGUGCUCCUGUUGACCAGACCAUCGCAACGCUCGCAGCACACCUGGAGCAGGGCGACUGCAUCGUUGAUGGAGGAAACGAGUGGUUCCUCAGCGGGCUGAAGGAUGAGCGUGUCGCGGCUUCCAAGAUCUUCCAGGGUGACUACUCCAGUGGUGAAACUGUCGACAAGGCACAGCUGAUCGAGGAUGUGAGGAAGGCCCUCUACGCCUCCAAGAUCUGCAGCUACGCCCAAGGCAUGAACAUCAUCAAGGCCAAGAGCACGGAGAAGGGAUGGGGCCUCAAUCUCGGCGAGCUGGCCAGGAUCUGGAAGGGCGGGUGCAUCAUCCGCGCCAGCUUCCUGGACCGCAUCAAGAAGGCGUAUGACAGGAACGGUGAGCUCGCCAACCUUCUCAUCGACCCCGAGUUCGCGCAGGAGAUCAUGGACAGGCAAGCUGCAUGGAGGAGGGUUGUCUGCCUCGCCAUCAACAACGGCGUCAGCACCCCUGGCAUGUCCGCGAGUCUGGCCUACUUCGACUCCUACCGGAGGGACAGGCUCCCUGCCAACCUCGUCCAGGCCCAGAGGGACUACUUCGGGGCGCACACCUACGAGAGGGUUGACAUGCCCGGCUCCUUCCACACCGAGUGGUACAAGAUUGCCAACUCAAAGAUCUAA